GGAGGAGGAGGAGGAGGAGAAGACAAAAGCCGAAGGCGCGGAGGGCUGGGCCACACUCUCUGGCAGCCGGCACCGGGCUGCUACUGUGCGCGGGGCAUUCCGAUCUGCAGGCACCAUGGGGAAGGGGGGGAACCAGGGCGAGGGGGCCCCCGAUCGCGAGGCGCCGAUGCCCACCUUCAGCUGGGAGGAGAUUCAGAAGCACAACCUGCGCACCGACAAGUGGCUCGUCAUCGACCGCAAGGUCUACAACAUCACCCAGUGGUCCAGCCGGCACCCGGGGGGCCACCGGGUGAUCGGGCACUACGCGGGGGAAGACGCCACGGAUGCCUUCCAAGCCUUCCACCGUGACCUUGGUUUUGUGCGCAAGUUCUUGAAGCCCCUGCUGAUUGGCGAGCUGGCGCCGGAGGAACCCAGCCAGGACCGCGGCAAGAACUCCCAGAUCACCGAGGACUUCCGCGCCCUGAGGAAGACGGCCGAGGACAUGAACCUGUUCAAGAGCAACCACCUGUUCUUCCUCCUCCUGCUGGCCCACAUCAUCGUCAUGGAGAGCCUCGCCUGGUUCACCGUCUUCUACUUCGGCAACGGCUGGAUCCCGACCAUCAUCACGGCCUUUGUCCUCGCUACCUCGCAGGCCCAGGCCGGCUGGCUGCAGCACGACUACGGCCACCUCUCUGUCUACAAGAAGUCCAUGUGGAACCACAUCGUCCACAAGUUUAUCAUCGGCCACUUGAAGGGUGCCUCCGCCAACUGGUGGAACCAUCGCCACUUCCAGCAUCACGCCAAGCCCAACAUCUUCAAUAAGGACCCGGACGUGAACAUGCUGCACGUGUUCGUGCUGGGCGAGUGGCAGCCCAUUGAGUACGGCAAGAAGAAGCUGAAAUACCUGCCCUACAACCACCAGCACGAGUACUUCUUCCUGAUUGGGCCGCCGCUGCUCAUCCCCAUGUACUUCCAGCACCAGAUCAUCAGGACCAUGAUCGUCCGCAAAGACUGGGUGGACUUGGCCUGGGCCGUCAGCUACUACGCCCGCUUCUUCGCCACCUACAUCCCUUUCUACGGCGUCCUGGGAGCCAUCCUCUUCCUCAACUUCAUCAGGUUCCUGGAGAGCCACUGGUUUGUGUGGGUCACGCAGAUGAAUCACAUCGUCAUGGAGAUUGACCGAGAGCCCUACCGGGACUGGUUCAGCAGCCAGCUGGCAGCCACCUGCAACGUGGAGCAGUCCUUCUUCAACGACUGGUUCAGUGGGCACCUCAACUUCCAGAUCGAGCACCACCUCUUCCCCACGAUGCCCCGGCACAACUUCCACAAGGUGGCCCCGCUGGUGAGGUCGCUGUGCGCCAAGCACGGCAUCGAGUACCAGGAGAAGCCGCUGCUGAGGGCCCUGCAGGACAUCGUCCGGUCCCUGAAGAAGUCCGGGGAGCUGUGGCUGGACGCCUACCUCCACAAAUGACACCACAGCCCGCGGGCGCUGUGGGAGGGGGAGCAGGUGGGGUGACGGCCGAAGGGCGGGUGGGGUUUUGUUCUGAGGGGUGUCCCUGAGGCCGGGGUACAUGCUGGUCACAGACCCCAUUUUUGGUCUUGCUCCUGGUUUCCUCUCCUCUUUCCCUCCACUGCGCCCUCAGCACCCUCCCUCGGGGCCCCUCAGUCAGUCCUGGGGAGCAGAGAGAGGUGGCCCCCCCACCUGUUCCCCCCCUGUCCCCCCCCGACACACACACACCUGCUGACCAGAGGCCCAGCUGCCCAGACCCUGCAGCCUGGCUCCCUGACCCUGCGGCUGGGCUCCUCCCUCUGGGGCCCACAGUCUGCCUUUUUUAGGGAGAGGCUGGCUCUGACCAGGCUGGGGCACUUCCAUCCGGUGUCUCCCCCCCCCCCCCCCCUUCCAUCCUCCUCCCUCCUCCAGAGCCUGUGAGCUGGGCCCAGGGGGCAGCCACGCAGAGUUCAGGGGCCUGUAGGCUCAGCCUCACCCCCACCCCGUCCGGAUGUUUGUCCUAGUUGGGCCGCCUUAGAUUCUGGAGCCUUCGAACCCUCUCCAAGGGCUCUGUCUUCCGCUGGCUCGCAUCUUCUGCUGCCUUAACCUUUGCUGCAGGAUGCAUUCUGACGGGGUGGCCCUGGGGCUGUUGUGGUGACAAUCUACCCCUGGCCACCUGCCCCUGGCCAGUGGGCUGAGCCAGGCUCACUCCCCGAGGCCACGGUGGCGGGACUGUCACUGUUGGGAGCCACCACUGGGGGUGGGGGCGGGCAGUGGGGCAGAGGAGGAGGGAACCCAGGAGGUGAUAGGAGGUGGCCAGAGGAGCUGGGAGGUUGGAGGCCUGAUGAGGGCCACGUGGACGUGCGAGUGGGAGGAGUUUGGGGCUGGAGGCCAGGAGCUGCCGAUGGAGAGGGAGGGGAGCCCGCCCCCUGGGGGACCCAGAGCCGCUGCCUUUGGAAACCUAACCCACUAACCAAUUUUUAGCUGUGGGGCCAUGGCCAGCUCCAGCCCGGAGGGACCAGUAUCCGGUGCGACAGGCCCCCCGGUUGCCGUGGCAAUGUGGCCGGAGGAGCUGCUGUCCCUCCCAGGCCGAUGGAUCCGUAGGGAACUGGUCUUAGUUUUUAUCCUGUUGCUCCCCCGCCCUACACUUUUUGGAAAUAAAGAGGUAAUUUUAUUCUCA